GUUACUUACUGGCGACCGCCAUCACCAGUUGUUCUGAGGCCCAACGGAAAGUUGAAGGUGAUUCAGUAGAGGGUCACAAAUCUUUCGUUAUGUCCUCUCCAGAUCUACCAUGGCAUACAGUGACAGUUCGCAUCCCAUUUGGAUCAGAACAGCACGCGUCCAUCGCAAAACAAGUGAUUGAAGUGGACAGAGAAUUGCAACCUCAUGCCGUCCAGCGAGAGUUGUCGAUAGAGGAAAACGUUCUUGUCGCAACGUUCAAAACUUUGACCGUCAGGCUCAGCAGGCUCACGGUGAACGCGUUCCUCGAGAAUGUCGAUCUAGUCACUCGAACACUCGCGGAGUUCGGCGAAGAUGCAGCGAAGGGUGCAACAGCGUAGAACGUAUCUACGAUGUUCAUGUCGGCAAGAUUGACAAACGGCUGCGUCAGCAGUUCCUUCAACUCCGUAUCCUCAAGCUCUUUCUCCGUUUUGACCAGCUCCGGCUUGUACCAGACAGGCGGGCUCGUGAUCAUCACAGGGCCUGCAGGAAGCAGCGCGAUCGUGAAGUGGAAUCCCGCGACGAACGUGUUCGAGGGCGUGUAGCUGGGGAUGUACACCGAUCAGAUUCAAUCGAGAAGCGAUUUACGUGAAUGCACUCACAUCACCUCGUAAGGUUUCACCAG